AUGGAGAGUGUACGUGCUAUACUUGGAAAACUAAAUAUAUUUUCGCAUGAAAAAAUAGAAGAUAACAAGAAUUCCAGUAAUAACUUAUAUUUAAGUAGUGACGAGAAUGAAUUGGCUAGAUUACAAACAUUUCAUUUCUUUACUAAGGAAUCUUGGAAAAAUUUAUUUACUGCUCCAAUCGAAGAUCUACUUUUGAAUAGCACGUGGACAAUGGAUAUGGCAACCACAUAUACGAAACCAAAUUAUAUAGGAAUAGACAAACUCCCAUUAUUUCCUACGGAAAUCAAACCAAAUCAUGUCGAAUUCAAGCUUGUCGAUGUCUUGGAAGGAUUACCUUUCAACGACAACACGUUUGAUUUUGUUUACAUGCAACACAUGAAAUUUCAUCUUAGAGAAGAUGAUUAUUUGGAUCUUUUGAAUGAAAUAAUUAGAGUAGUGAAACCUGGUGGUUGGAUGGAAAUUUUAGAGUUUGACAAAGAGUUUCUUGAUUCGGGUCCAAUAGAUAGUUCCAUCCAUCAAGAAAUUAAAAAAGGCAUAUACGAAAAAUAUAAAAUAAAUUUCGAUCUUUUUCCAAAGAUUAAAUCAGCAUUAAAACAAAUGCAACAAGAUGGUAACAUUCAAUACAUCAAUGAUUUCGAAAACAAAUUGGUGAUAGGUAAAUGGGGUGGCAAAAUUGGCGAAGUAUUUUUGGAGAGUUAUAAAAUGUAUCUAAUAAAUUUUAAAGAUUUAUUUACCGAAUUAAUAUUAUCGUGUGAUAAUAAUAGUAAUAGUUUUAGCGAAAUUAAAUCUAUGGUUGAAAAUAAUUAUGAAAAACUUCUUGAAAUAAUUGUUAAUGAAUUCAAUCAGUGUAAUGCUUACUGUUAUAAUUUUAAAGUCAUUGCUCAAAAGAAAUGCUAA